AUGGCGGCUACUCCUCCACCUAUCAUUUCCGAUCUACCGCAGAGCCCGUCUCGAAGCUUGGGAGCGCCUCACAUAAACAAGGCGCGUGAGGACACCGCGUCGACGACUUUGGCCGCCGCAGUUCAGAUGGCAGGCCUUUCACCUCCGGCAACGAGCCCUGCGAGCCGACAGCCAUCGAUCGCUGGAUCAAAUGUGAUAGGCCGCUCCCCACCAGCUACCACGCCCGGAGCUUCUUCGUUUGGAGGAGCCACGAGAUUGUCACCGGAAGAUGCAUCGACACAGCGCUUCGUGCGCAGCGCGAGCGUUUCUACCAGCGCUAGCAACGGAUUGGUAGAUAACGUGACGGAGCGAAGCGGUUCAGUUCCUCAUUCUCAUUACAGCCAGCCGCAGUAUGGCGUUUCACCGCAGCCCUCGGUGGCCUCAGUGCCUGGUCAUGACCACGGCGUUGAGAUGCCCUACCAGCGAAGACAUGAGAAUCAGAACGGGCCUCAGGAAUCCCCAAUGCCGCCAAAAGCGAAUCAAAAUCAGGAAAACCCCAGCUCGUAUACGGCACUUUGGGAGCUGAUGCGAAAGACUGAUCCGUCUGUGGUUCGACAAGUUGUCCGAGAGAACUGGCAGAAAUGCUUGACUGGAUCAGAUUAUCACUCUACCUUUGUAAUGAACGCUACAAUCACUUGCUCCAGUCCUGCGGCACUGAGCCGCGCCCUCUUUGACUCUGGUAACAGAAUCGUUAAAACAUCAGGCCGCGAGAUCGCCAAGCAAUUUGGCAGCGAGGACCUCGACCAUGUAGCAGACCUUUUUGGACCUAAGCUUAGUGCGCAGUUUCAAGAUCGGGUUAUGGCUGCCCGUUUGGAAACCAUCGGAGCGCAAGACCUCAUUAAUGCCUUGGCCAGAGCUGAGCGUCUUGGCUAUCAUGUCAACGACAUAGUCCAGAAGAAGCCUGGUCCAGGGGGCGAGACCGUUAUUCCAUCCAUGUCGGCAGUUCCUCCGAUGCCACCACACCGUGUCGGUGCACCCCCACCUGCAAUGACACCCUACCAAGCCCAAAGACCCCCGCAGCAACCGCAGCCAUAUGGAAGCCAGAUUCUCAAAACGAACAGGAUGAGUCAUCAAGCAGCCCAAGUUUCUUCUCAGACGCCAAAGCGAUUUACUCCAGGCUUACCGUCAUGGGUAGUACAAUGCCGGCUUUGCAACCGUCCUUGUAGCAGCGAAGAUGCUCUUGUUUAUCAUAUGAAAAAGGCCAGAUGCAACACUCCCAAAUCUCAUGGAAAUAUAGAUGUAGAUACUUGUGUUCAUUGCGGCUGCCAUUUUGAAAGCCCUGGUGGCCUCUCAUAUCACUCAAAGAGCGACGUCUGCGGAAAGCACGAUGAAGAAAACAAAGCACAGAUGAUUGCAAUACUACAACAGAGAGCCUGGAGCCAGCCCAUCGGUUCACACGGGGUCACGCCUCCCGGUGUGACAUCUGGUCAUGCAGCUAAUGCAGUACACACUCCCGCCUGGAAGCAGAAGGCAGUUGGCUCUUCAUUGACCCCAAGUCCUUCCGGAAAUGACCCUUAUGCAAAGCUUACGCCGGCAGAUCGGAUAAAGUUUGAAGCAGAAAUGAAGGGGGUUGAUGACCACUACAUUGCUCUUAUGAAGGAAGCUUCUGAGAAGUUGCCACCUGGACAACGUGAAGAGGAACUCGCCAAGCUGAAGAAUCGAUACAAUACCAAGCAGAGUAACACGAGAAAGAAAUACGGAAUCCGCCUUCGCGAGAGGCGUGCCAAUGCCGAUGUCGAUCGCUCCUGGAAUACCAGUGCCGCAAAGAGAGCCCGCGUUGAUAAUGGGCCGGCAGGCCCUGUUCAGCCUGUCCCUAUUAACCGACAAGCAGAAAUUGUUCAACCGUCUUUCCCGAGUGUCAAGGAAUCUCCCCGAAUGCGAGUUCCCCUAUCCAAAAUGGGAGGACUGUCGGCUUCUUCGGCUACAGCAGAACUUGUUGAUCCCACAGCAUCUUCCGCUCCGGCUAACGGCCAGUCUACAGCACCAGCUACAGCGGCACUCGGACUUGGCAGAAGUCCGCACGGCACACUACAAGGAACAGCUAGUGAACCUAUGCAAAUCGAUAACAACGAGUCUAGCACUGGCACGGAUUCAGAUGAUGUGGAUAUUCCGGCUAGAAUCUAG